CGUCGCAAAGUGUUCAUGGCGUUGCCUCUAGGAUGGUAUGAGGAAGAAUGAUGCCAUUAGUGAAGAGUGUUGACCUGAAUGAUACUGAGCCAAGAUCCAUCCUAUAAAUAUCAGGAUAAAUCUGCUGUUCUUCUCAACUCAUCUCCAUCGCACUACAACGUUCUUCAAGACAUCAAAGCUCAUUCUUCCAACGCACAAACACCUCUUCCCCGAGUUUCACUACAUACCGACUCAUCAAGAUGAAGUUCACUGCUGCAAUUGCUACUGCCAUCCUCGCCAGCGUUGCUGUCGCGGCUCCCGAGCGUGGCCUCGAGGCUCGCCUCAAGGCUCGCGGUACCGGCAAGGGAUCCCGACCCCUCCAGGCAGUCGCCAGACCUGCCUCGACCAAGAACCAGACCAACGUCGAGUACAGCUCCAACUGGUCCGGUGCAGUGUUGGUGGAGCCUCCUUCUGCCGCGGCUACCUACACUGCGGUGACCGGCACCUUCACUGUCCCUGAGCCCACUGGCAACUCUGGAGGCAGUCAGGCUGCAUCUGCCUGGGUUGGUAUCGACGGAGAUACCUAUGGAAACGCCAUUCUCCAGACUGGUGUUGACUUCACCGUGACCGAUGGAGAGGCCUCAUUUGAUGCCUGGUAUGAGUGGUACCCGGACUACGCCUACGACUUCAGCGGCAUCGACAUCUCUGCCGGUGAUGAGAUUGUUGCCAUUGUCGAGUCCUACACCUCGACCACUGGUAUUGCUAUCAUUGAGAACAAGAGCACCGGCCAGAAGGUCACCAAGGAGCUGUCAUCCAGCUCCAGCCUUGGAGGACAAAACGCAGAGUGGAUUGUGGAAGACUUCGAGGAAAAUGGUUCGCUCGUCGACUUGGUGGACUUUGGCACCGUCACCUUCACUGGUGCUGUUGCAAAGGCUGCGGGAGGCCAGAGCGUUGGCCUGACGGAUGCUACCAUCAUCGAGAUCGAGGAGAAUGGCAAGGUGGUCACUGAUGUUACCAUCGACAGCGCCUCCGAGGUUACCAUCACCUACGAGUAA